AUGGCCUCCCCAAGACCCCUUGCCCCAUGCACUGUCCUCCGCACCUCCGGCUCCAACAUCGUCAACCCGGCCGGCGAGACCGUCAUCCUCAAAGGCGCCGCCAUAGGCGGCAUGCUCAACAUGGAAAACUUCAUUACCGGCUAUUCCGGGCACGAACACGAACACCGCGCGCAAAUGGGCUCCGUUCUGGGCCCCGAGAAGGCCUCAUUCUUCUUCGACCGCCUCCUACACCACUUCUUCACCGAAGCCGACGCCGCGCUCUUCGCAUCCCUAGGCUUGAACUGCCUCCGGGUCCCGUUCAAUUACCGGCACUUUAUCGACGAUAUGAACCCCGACGUCCUCAAAGAAGAUGGGUUCAAAUGGCUUGACCGUGUCAUCUCCCUCUGCCGAGCCCAAAACAUCUAUGUGAUCCUGGACCUUCACGCCGCCCCCGGCGGUCAAAACCAAGAUUGGCAUUCCGACUCGGGCCUCGGACGCGCAACAUUCUGGGACUUCAAAGACCACCAGGACCGCACGAUCCAACUCUGGCGGGAAAUCGCAUCCCGGUACGUGGGGGAACCCGUCGUGGCAGGGUACAACCCGCUCAAUGAACCCGCCGAUCCCACCCUCACGGGAUCCGGCAAAAACGGCGCGCGACUCCUAGCUUGGUAUAAGCGGGCCGAGCGCGCAAUUCGGGCUGUCGAUCCAGACCAUAUUUUGUUCCUGGAUGGGAACACGUACUCGAUGGACCUUACUGCGUUCGAGGAGGAGCCGCCGCUGCCGAAUGCCGUUUACUCGAUUCACGAUUACAGUACGUUUGGGUUCCCGGGGUACGAGCAGUAUGCCGGGACCGAGGCGCAGAAGGCGAAGUUGCGAAGCAGCUUGGAGCGGAAAGUGCGGUUUAUGAGAUCUGUUGGGGUGCCGAUUUGGAACGGGGAAUUCGGGCCUGUGUACCAGGAUCCGCGUCGUGAUGGGGCGGAAUCCGCGGGCAGGGAUAACGCGGGUCGGAUUGCGUUGCUGGAGGAGCAGUUGAAGCUUUACCGUGAGCAGGGCGUGAGCUGGUCGAUUUGGUUGUAUAAGGAUAUUGGGUAUCAAGCGAUGACAUAUGUUGAUCCGGACUCCGCCUAUCUGCGCUUGAUCAAGCCGUUCUUGGAGAAGAAGCAGAAACUGGGGCUGGACUUCUGGACGAUUACGGGGCGUGAUGCGGUGGCGCCGAUUUAUGACCAGUUUUUCACGGCGAUCAAGGCCAUGGUUGAUGAGCGGUUUCAUAAGGUCAAGUAUCCGAAGACCUGGACGUUUGAGAGACAGUUUGAGAGAGUGAUCAGGGAGAUGCUACUGAGUGAGUAUGUGGGGUGGGAGUAUGCUGAGUUGUUCAGGGGGAAGAGUGAGAGUGAGCUGGAGGAGUUGGCGGCGUCGUUCGCGUUGGAAAAAUGUGUGCUUAGAGAGGAGUUGAAUGAGGUUUUGCGGAGGGAUGCGGCGUUGUAG